AUGAAGAACCCUAUGUACGAAAUAGUGUCGCUGCUACUGGAAAAGUUUCUCCUGAUCACCAGGCUCCUUGGUAUGGGCUCCAGCAGUGAGGAAGAUGAAAAGAAAAAACAUGCUUCUUAUUAUGACACAACCUAUUUCAAGCCAGGAGAUUUGUUGGAAGUGCCCCGCACGCUUUUCAUUCACUUUGGCAUCUACCUGGGUGACAACCGGGUGGCCCACCUGAUGCCAGACAUCCUGCCAGCUCUCACCAACGACCAGAAGCAGAUCCAGAAGGUGGUGACUAAUAAGAGACUCAUCUUGGGCGUCAUUGCCAAAAUGGCCCGGAUCCGUGUGGACACAGUGGAGGACUUUGCCUAUGGAGGCUGCAUUCUGGUGAACCACAUGGACAGGCUCUUCAAGAACAAAGUCCUGAGUAAUGAAGAGGUGGUCAGUAGAGCAGAAAAGUUGGUGGGGGCCACAGACUACAGCUUGCUUUGGAACAACUGUGAACAUUUUGUGACCUUCUGCAGAUAUGGCUCUGGGGUCAGCUUCCAGACUGACAAGUUCUGUGAAACAGUGAAGAUGAUAAUUCGGGACCAGAGGAGUGUUGUUGCUACUGCGCUACUGGGACUGGUUUCUAUAUUCUGCCUGGGCCUUGCACCAUCCACCACUCUCCCCACCAUCAUUAUUCCAUUCAUGCUGUGGAUGGCUGGUUAACAAAGCCACCAGAGUGUGUUGGCAGCUGUACAUAGGAUGUAUAAUGUAUUUAUGAAGGCUCAAACUCCUUCCAAUGUUUUGUGAGCAGAGGAGAAUGUGACUUGCAGUUGUAUCCUCAUUUAUUGAUACCCGACGGGGCAGAAUAUGGUGAACAAGCAACAUCUUACUGCAUAAGCUGCUGGGUUUUUGUACAAAUAUUUGCAGAAAGCAACUUCAGCAAUGGAUUCAUGGGGUUUGUUCCCGAGCAAAUGUGCAUAGGCAGCAAACCCAAAAGUAAACUCAGCUAAAAUUGGUGGGAUUAGCUCUCAAGUAAAUAUGCAUAGGAUUGGAGAGAGGGUAUAAUAUGUGAAAAGCUUUCCUUUGGAUGUAGGGGAAAUCAAUGAAGCCUUAGAUGAAUCCUCCCCAGCCUAGCAGUCGCCAGAUGUGAUGAACUACAGUCUCCAUGUUCACUAAGGAGCACGGCUAGAUCAGAUCUAGUCCAACAUCCUUUGUAUACCAAGGGAGCAAAUCCAGUGGCCCUCCAGAUGUUGUCAAACUACAAUUCCCAGAAUUCCUCACUAUAAACUAUACUGGCAAAUGCUGGUUAGAAUUAAACAUGAUUACCACCUACGUGAAGUUUGUUAGCAGACCAUAGAUCAGUGUUUCUCAACCUGUUGGUCCCUAGGUGUUUUGGUCUACAACUCUCAGAAAUCUCAGCCAGUUUACCAGCUGUUAGGAUUUCUGGGAGUUAAAGGCCAAAACAUCAGGGGACCCACAGGUUGAGAACCACUGUCAUAGAUGAUAAAGUAUCCUCCCAGUUAUGUUUCUCAGGAACUGAAACACUGAGACUCAGGCUCCUUCUACACUUGUGGUUCUCAACCUGUGGGUCCCAGAUGUUUUGGCCUUCAACUCAAAGAAAUCCUAACAGCUGGUAAACUGGCUGGGAUUUCUGGGAGUUGUAGACCAAAACACCUGGGGACCCACAGGUUGAGAACCACUGGUCUACACUGUCCUUAUAUCUCAAGAUCUGAUCCCGGAUUAUCUACUUAUUCCAGGUUAUAUGGCAGUGAAGACUCACAUAAUUCAGUUCAAAGGAGAUAACCUGGGAUCAGAUCCUGGCAUAUAAGGACAGUGUAGAAGGGGCUUCAGUGCUGACAUAUAGCCAUCCUAAGUAGUAGUCUCUGGUGAUCCUAACUCCAUGAAUUUAUUGAUAAAAUUAUCAUCUUUAGAGCCAUAUGUGAUAGAAGUCAUCACCGCACUGAAUGCAGUAGUGCUGAAAUAUGUGCUGAAAAAUCAUUCCUUUCCUCCACCUUCUAACAUUUAGCUUCAUAGGUGACUUCAGGUUCUAAUAUAAUGAUAGACCAUUCUUGCUAUCCCCUUCUUUCAUAUCAUGCAUAAUUUUGUAAACAUCUGUUUUGUCUUCCCUUCCCUUUUUUAUAAACUUAGCGAUCCUAAACAUUGUAGCCCUUUUUAUAGGCCUACACAGCUGGAGGGCACUGGGCUGCCUUAAGACACACAGGUGGACAAUGGAGACACGUGACUAGUACUCAGUAUUCCUUCAAGAUGUAUUUUGAAAGGUCUUGCAUAAUCGUCAAGGCAAUUAAAAGAGAGGAGGGGAAACCCAGGAGUGUAUUAUUACUGUUGUGUGUUUCUAUCAUUGCACAUUUCUAAGAGAUUAUAUCUGAUCUUUUAGAUUUCCAUAAAGAAAGAAGUUGAAUUCACUAUGGGCAUUUCUUCUCAAAUGGCACAAAACUCCCUUCCAUCCUGACUCAUUUGGGUGCUGCAGAUUCACCUUGGUAUUAAAUGUCAACAACUCCCAAUUCAAAUCAUGGUGGUAGCGGCAAAUUCUUUUGAAGCCUCAAGGCAAGAUUGGCACAAGUGACUAAAACAAAAACACAAAGAGCAUUCUGUGUUUGUGGGAAGAUGAAAGGGAGAAGUCUAGUCCUUUUGUCUUUUCUUCACAAUGAGAUCAAGUAGCAUGGAAAUAAAGAAGCUGCUUUAUGACUUCUAA